AUGGGGAGUUUUUGCUCCAAGAGUCUUGGGAUCAAUUUUGGCAGUGAAUAUUCAGGUUCAAGUGUGGCUGAUGAUGGUCGAGAACCUGAUUUUGGCUACACACAACCACCUGGCCAAACCAGUUUGAUUGGUCCUGGUAUGAGGCAGUGUAUGGUUAAAGACGUCCAAGAGCAAAACCAAUUGAAAGAUGUGUUCUCUUUCCGGGAAAGGGAAGUAGAAGAUAAUUUCUAUGAUGGGAUUCCGAGGUUACCAAUGGUUCCAUCGCAGAAACUCCGGUCUGCAAAAUCUACUCAAAACGCAGUUUCAAAGGUUACAGAGGCAAGUGUACUUUUAGGCAAAGCUGGGUUAGGUAAAGCAAAGGAUGUUUUGGAUACUCUUGGGAGUAGCAUGACGGAUCUUAGCAGCGGUGGAUUUACUUCUGGAGUUGCAACCAAAGGCAAUGAACUAGGGAUCUUAGCUUUUGAAGUGGCAAACACAAUUGUGAAAAGCUCAAAUCUCAUUGAAUCCCUUUCUAAGAGGAACAUCAAGCAUUUGAAAGAAACUGUCCUUUAUUCCGAGGGUGUUCAAAAUCUUGUCUCGAAUGAUUUCGUUGAACUGCUCAGACUUGUUGCUGCUGAUAAGAGGCAGGAACUGCAAGUUUUCUCAGGAGAAGUGGUUCGGUUUGGAAACCGAUCCAAAGAUAUUCAGUGGCAUAAUUUACAGCGCUACUUCGACAGGAUCAGCAAAGAAUUAACCCCUCAAAGGCAGUUGAAGGAAGACGCGGUGUUUGUUGUUGAACAACUGAUGGUUCUAGUGCAGUAUACUGCUGAACUAUACCAAGAACUCCAAGUAUUGGAUCGAUUGGAGAAAGACUAUGAGCAUAGGCGUCGAGAAGAAGAGAACUCAGCUACUAGCGGUAAGGGAGAGGGCCUUGCAAUCUUAAAAACAGAACUUAAAUCCCAGAGAAAGAUAGUGAAAAGCUUAAAGAAAAAGUCGUUGUGGUCGAGAGGUUUUGAAGAGGUGAUGGAGAAACUAGUAGAUAUUGUACAUUUCUUGUUGCUAGAGAUUCAUAGUAUCUUUGAUGGUGCCGAUGAUCAACCAUCGAAGAAAGGAGCUGCAGAUUAUGAUAAAAGAUUGGGACCUGCUGGUCUUGCUUUGCAUUAUGCAAAUAUGAUUAUGCAGAUUGAUACACUUGUUGCUCGUGCGAGCUCUAUAACUUCAAAUGCAAGGGAUUCUCUAUACCAAAGCUUGCCACCUGGUAUAAAAUUGGCUCUUCGUUCCAAGAUUAAAUCUUUCAAUGUCGAUAAGGAGCUUUCGGUGACACAAAUUAAGGAUGAGAUGGAGAGGACACUGCAUUGGCUUGUCCCUGUUGCAGCUAACACAACCAAAGCUCAUCAUGGUUUCGGUUGGGUUGGAGAGUGGGCAAAUACAGGGACUGAUUUCACUAGUAAGCCGAGUGGUGGAGAUAUACUCCGUAUUGAAACACUCUAUCAUGCUAGUAAAGAAAAGACAGAGAUAUACAUUCUUGGACAGAUCAUUUGGUUACAACAUUUGGUUACAAAAGCAAAAAGCGAUGCUCGAGUAGCUCCUAGACUUUCUUCUAUCAAGUCUCCAGAGAAUACUACGAACAAGCAAUUGAUGUCUGAACCAUCGAGUGGUGUCCCUUUAGUAACAGAUGAGGAGCAAAAGAUGUUACAAGAGGCAAGCAAAAGAAAGAAAACGCCAUGUGUUAGCAAGAGUCAAGAUUUUGAUACCGAGUACUCGCGGGCGAGAAAGUGUGACCCUUUGAGCAAAAGCAGUGAAUAUUUUCGUGGAGUAAGAAGAAGCAAAUCAGCUGCGGUGAAAAGGUUUCCUUCAGGUUUUCCGCUUCUUGAUUUCGUUAUCGACAAGGAAAAAGUGUUGGAUGUGAUCGACCGGGUUGAUGUGCCAAGAGAUUACAAAGCAUUGUUGAAAGAAGGUAGCUUAAGCUUCUAA